AUGAUAACCAACAGCCGAUGCCAAUAUGAUUCCCUCUGCAAUGUUUAACUUUUCCUGUUGACAAGAAAGCGACUUCAAAGAACAAACAGUAGCUGGAAUAACUGUCGAGCUGAGCUGAGUAGCAUGCUGGACGUGGGGAAGUGGCCAGUGUUUGCACUCCUUCCUCCUGAGGAACUACGGCUUAUCCGUCAGGCUUGUGUCUUCGGUAGUGCUGCUAACGAAGCUCUCUAUGUUACUGUCAAUGAUGAGGUCUUUGCCUUAGGCACCAACUGUAGUGGCUGCUUAGGCCUCGGAGACCUUCAAAGCACUAUUGAGCCGCGCAGGAUUGAUAUCUUGUGCGGAAAGAAGAUUGUGUCCCUGAGCUAUGGUACAGGACCGCAUGUGGUUAUCGCCACUGCAGAUGGGGAGGUGUUCGCCUGGGGUCACAAUGGCUACAGCCAGCUGGGAAAUGGGACUACCAACCAUGGUCUGACCCCUGCCCUGGUCUCCACCAACCUCAUCAGCAAGAGGGUGACAGAAGUGGCCUGUGGCUCCCACCACACCAUUGCGCUCACAAGUGAUGGAGAGGUGUAUGCGUGGGGCUACAACAACUCGGGCCAAGUAGGAUCUGGGUCAACUGCCAAUCAGCCAACACCACGUCGGGUUAGCAGCUGUCUGCAGAACAAAGUAGUGAUCAACAUAGCCUGUGGCCAGCUCUGCUCGAUGGCUGUCCUGGAUAAUGGAGAGAUUUACGGUUGGGGCUACAACUGCAAUGGACAGCUGGGUUUGGGAAACAACGGAAAUCAGCAGACUCCAUGCAGAAUCGCUGCUCUGCAAGGUGUCAACAUUGUGCAGGUGGCAUGUGGCUAUGCGCACACAUUGGCUCUUACGGAUGAGGGAUUUGUUUAUGCGUGGGGAGCCAACUCCUAUGGACAGCUGGGAACUGGCAAUAAAAGUAACCAAGCGCUCCCCAUCCUAAUAAAUACAGACAAGGAAAGGAUGGUGGAGGUAGCUGCCUGUCACACCAGCCACACGUCAGCUGCUAAGACGCAGAGCGGGCAGGUUCUGAUGUGGGGUCAGUGUCGAGGUCAGGCCGUGUCCAGCCCUCAUCUUACCCACUUCAGCAGCACUGAUGACGUGUUUGCCUGCUUCGCCACACCGGCUGUCACGUGGCACCUUCUCUCAGUAGAUGGAGAUGACUACCUGACAGUUGCCCAGUCUUUGAAGAAGGAGUUUGACAGUCCAGAAAUUUCUGACCUUAAGUUUUUAGUUGAUGGGAAGUGCAUAUAUGUUCACAAAGCUCUUCUGAAGAUCAGGUGUGAGCAUUUCCGUACUUUGUUGAAUGAAACCGAUGAAGAUGCUAUAGAAAUUCACCAGUUCUCAUAUUUAGUGUACAGAGCCUUCCUGGAGUAUCUCUAUACAGACAGUAUUAACCUGCCACCAGAGGAUGCUAUUGGGUUGCUCGACUUAGCAACGUUUUACCGAGAAACGAGGCUCAAAAGAUUGUGUCAGGAAACUAUCAAGCGGGGCAUUUCUGAAGAGAACGCCAUCACUCUGCUUUCUGCCGCCGUCAAGUAUGAGGCUCGGGACCUGGAGGAGUUCUGCUUCAAGUUUUGUGUCAACCAUCUAACGGCUGUCACUCAGACCCAGGCUUUUGCAGACAUGGAUCAUGACCUGCUCAAGAACUUCAUUAGUAAGGCAAGCCGCUACGGGGCCUUCAAAAACUAAAGCGCCCCUGUGGCAAUGGAUUCUUGACAAUAUGUUUUAAUUCUGCAAAAGGGGAGCCGACCAAAGUAAACAUUGAGCUGUUUAGCUCUGCAAAGACGUAUUGCCGGGGAUGUAAACACUGAAGAGGCAAGUGGUUUUGGGUCACAGUGGCUAUCUGAUCCUGCCGUGUUACUACUCUAAGCCUUGUCCAAACAUGGUGAAGUGGCACAGAAGCAUUGGGUUACUCUACUAAUCUGGCCUUAACAUGAAGAAGUGCAGCAGAGGUUGCAGUUUGUCAGACGAGCAUAUCUAAGAACAAGCUUAACUGCGCCUCCAUCUGCCUGCUUUAAAACAGACAUACAACAAGCAUACAAAUGGAUGCCUAUUGCUUAAACUGCUGUAUGGUUAUUUACAUUUAUCCUUAUACAUAAUCAAUUUAAGGACUUUUAAUCGCAAACUUCCAAAUUCUGCUGGAAGCUUCGACUGAACUACAAAGCAAUCAGCGAAAAAUAUAUCAGCCCUUCUUAUUCUGCUGCAACUUACACAUCACUCAGUCGAUAUCUAUCAGAGAUACAUGUGUAUAUACUGUAUAUAUGUUUUCUGUUUUUACACUAAUGUAAAGCAAAAGAAGGCAAGUGUGGUGAUUAGAAAUAGUUCCAUCAUGUUGGGUGAUCCAGUGGAAAGCUUCAUACUCUGUUGUUUACCUAAUCUAAGCUUAUGAAGAGCAGAAAGUAGUGCAGAGUUGAUGGAGAACCAAUCACUGCUCAUAAAUAAAUUACUAAAAAGUUAAUUAUCAUAAAACUUAUAUUUCUUUUAUAUUCCUUAUGUCAUUUGGAUGCCUUGGUUCUCAUAAUUUUGAAAAGUCAGAAUUUUACAAAGCGUCCAAACUGUUCCGCUUAGAAUGCCCUACAAAGUAUUUAGUAACUCUAUAAUUAUUGGCAUCUCUGGUAAAGAUGUGUUCAAAACUCUUGAAUUGAAGGAUUAACAUGGAGAAACUGUGAUUGCAUUCUUUGUUGAGGUUCUCUAACCAUAAGCUUUGAAAUGAGUUUUUCUUCUUCCUUUCUUACUGUUGGUUCUGUAUGCAUCUACUGUUGUUUGUAUGUUGAAGUUGUUUUAAACUUUUGGAAGGUUAUCUACUGUCCUGUUGCCAUUUUAUGACAUUAGCACACAUCUAACUUACUUAAAUGAAAUGUUCUUUUGUUUUCCCCACUUUAAAGAUGGACUUUGAAAAAAAAAGAGCAUGAACAAAACAGUAACUUAAUAAUUACUGUAUGCAUAGGUAUACAGUAUGCAUACCUACUGUAGAGGUAUGCAUUGAAAAUUCAUAGUUUGCAUCAUUUUUGACUAUGCAAACAAACAAGGCAUAUUUUGGAAUUGCAACUAUGACAA